UCGCGCAAUUUAAGUUACACUCAAAAAACCUUUUACCACAAAGUUGCAUGAAAAUUCCGGUGGCAGCCAAUUUUUGGACCAAAUCAACGUUUGGAACAUGAGUCAUGCAACUUUCGCAUUGCAUUGCAUGUCAACUCCCCACUCUAACGUUAGGGGGGCUGCGGGCGAUAAUCUGGCAUCGCCAGUGCCAGUUCAGACACUUUAGUUCAGACACAAUCCUCAGAAUUUUCGAUUUUUUUGUGGCACACGCACACCUCUAUACUUCCUUCAUGGCCCACUCACACUCUCAUUUUUCCAUAACGCGCAAACGUCAAACAUUUUCCUUGCUAAUCGGAACCUGUCGGAACGUGUUUACAAGGUUGUUGUUUUUUUUUUUAAAUGAAAAAGUGCGUUGCUUUUAAACAAAAUUCAUGGUGAGUUAUGAAUUUUAUUUAGAAUUCAAGACAAAAUCAUUUAUUUUGAUUUAUUUUCCCGACAACAGGUUUGCUCGUUUGCCCCAGAAGAUGGAAUAUUCACUAGGGACGGCUUGGCAGACUCGCAGCCGCCGCUGCUAGAUAACACGUCUCUAGAACCGAUCAAAACGGCCACAUUUGGCAAACCAAGGAAGUUCUGCCACCAGCUGGCUUACCGGAACAGGAAUCGAAGAAUCGGAAGCAAAGGAAAUUCCCAAAUAGUUGGCCCUGGAGCCAGAACGCGGUCGGAGCGGAGUCGUCGAAACUACUCUCCAAAGCACAUCGCCGUUGUACCUUAUCCAAUGAGCAGCACAAACGGCACUGGCUUAAGUGGAAGGAUUGAUUGCGACGUCGGACGGUAUAUCGAAAGCCACCGAUUCCACCGGCCGCGAUUGUUCGACGACACCGCCUAGCUACGGAAACCGAGAGGUUCAAGGCAUCCGUUCUACCGAGGACCUACUACGGGUUAAGGUAGACAGUUUGUAACAGUUCUUUUGGGGGGGGAUGCGAUUAGCGACUGGUGAGGUGAGAGAUACGGAAAUAAAAUUUGAUUUUUUGACCCACCACCACAACUGUUUCCGCCAACCAACGAUCCGGAAAAGACCACCCUUUUGAAACUGGCUGGGAGCCACACUGCGAAAGGGCGUGUUGCUUUGAGAACCCGGCUUAGCUUCUCAGGGCAGGUCAAGUAGGAACCACUUAUUAAAAGCGCAUCAACGGAAACGGAACUAGGAAUAGAAAAGGGACUCAAAUACCAAGUGUUCUUUGAAGGUGCGUUUCGCAAAAGAGUCACACGGAGAAAUAAACUUCGCAUCCACUCGUUUAUUCUCUGGGGGCAGGUUUUACAAUUUUGGGGAACGUGCACGUGUGGGGGGAUAGAGAGCUCUCUUAAAUCUAAUCUGACCUGCUACAGCCUAAGGCUGUUUUAUGUUGCUGCACACUCAGUCGCCGGCGCGGUCCACUGGCUCGAGGAUUUGGCGCGUCCUCUACGGACUCGCACGCCUGUCCGAUUCUCGAUCGGAAGCUGGCCAGCUGGGCUGGCGUGAACGACUGGGUCCUCUGGCUCACGUGCGUUGGCGGGCACGCUACGGACACGUUGCUCUAUUGCUGCUGCUGCUGCUGCUGGGCGGGCUCUCGGGCCGCCUGGUACGAACGCUGCACGGGUGCUGCUCUGUCGCUGCUGCUCUGUCGCUGCUGCUUCUGGGCGGGCUCUGGGGUCGCCUGGCACGGGCGCUGCGCGUAUAGGGGUUUCCUACACGGGUGAUACAACUCGCCACGGAGUGGCGACUUCGCGGGGACACGUGGUACUCGAGAUAGCACUUCCAGGCGUCGGUGAAGUCCACUGGCUCGGGGAUUUUGGCUCGUCCCCUACGGAGCACUCACCUGCCGAUCGAUGUCGGGUUAUUGACCAGCGCCGCUGGCUUGAAACGGCUGGAUCCAAUGGCUCACGUGCUUUGGCGGGCACGCUACAGACUCGUGCUUCGAGCUAGAGUUGGAAACCACGUGUCACGGGUCGAACGCCGGAUGGGUCGGAUGCUGACGAACGUCGAUGGUGGUCCUGUGGCUCAAGGUCGUAAACGAGGACCUCUACGGACGACACCACGUGGCCGUGGGAACGGCUCAGCGGACCAGCGAGGCUGGUUCUCGUCGACGAUCGCGUCCUGUGGCUCGGAGGGGUUGGUAUGGCCUCCUACGGACUCUCGGCGGACCCUGGCGGAUAGGCACGGUUCGUUCGCUGUGCUAGCUGGCUUGGGCUGCUCCGGUGUGAAGCACGCGAUGGCGUGGUGCUUGCUUCACGGUGCGGCACCGCGUUGUGGAACGGUCGCGGGUGCCAACGGGAAGAAAGACCUAACAAAAGAACCUUCGCAUGUGAAGGUUCUACAGGCGAAAACGAGAAACCUUAGAACACUGGGCCUAAACUAGCGAAUUUAAUUACCUUUUGGUCUAUUUUAACACUGCACGCCCGCGGAGGGUGGAAAUGCACUCGGCGUAGAAAAUUGGCCUAAUAUACAAAAUGUGAUAAAGCGAUCUAAAUUAGUUAUUCUAUUUGACGACCAAGGAGUAGACUCCAACUCACUUCCAAACGCAAAUCUCUUGGCACACGCGGGUACAAUUUGUACGGCAAAUUCGCUUGGGUCACUUUGCAACACUUUCUAAACUUUAGCAACUCUACGACUUCCCUAUUGCUUGCGAUCUUCGCUAGCGCACGAUCUCGGAGCAAAUGGCAGAGAGACCUUGACUACGCUAGCUCGAAACCUUGACCGCGAAAAGUGGCUCAUGCGUGGCCGGCACUGAUUGGCCAAGGCCAAGGUCCUCUCGCAUAGGGCCCUUGUUGCUAGGCGUUAAGGCAAAUUUGAGAGAGUUUCGAAAGGUUGAUCGAUCCCGCGAUCAUCGUCUACGGGAGUUGCAGAGUAGGUCUAUUUUUUAAAUUUUUAGUUCCCGUGCUCGCCACCUCACACAGUUGGCGCUCGCUCAUUUAGGGGAAAUUGAUGAUCGCCCAUGAUCGUUCUUAAUAUGGUUACAAGUUGUCUUUGUAAGCUUCCUCCUCCGCAUCCUCUAACAAGCGGCACUCCGCUGGCAUCCCCAAGACCAAAACGGCCACCGUGGCCUUGGCCAAACAAAGGAAUCGAUUUCGAGGUGCCGCACAUCAACUUUAGAACAAUACCAUGGGUGGCAUCGCAGCAGUUUCCGCAGCCUUCUUCACGAAGGGCACGCACAACCCCGGCAACGAUCACCACCAAUUCUACCGCCUCCAGGACACGGUCAUCGAGAAGGAUCCGGAGUGGAUGGUCGCCGUGAGGGGAUUAGAAGCAGAGGUUUAGCAGGCGGGACGGGGUCAACGUGAAAAACGCGAAAUUUUAUGAAGUUUGACCCGAUUUUGGAGACCAAGAGCGGCACCGGCGACAGUGGCCCCCAAUCCGGAUCGCGCUUCAGCAAGUUGUUCCGCCGUGGUGCGAAUGUGUACAUCCAGCAGAUAGUGCGAACUUUCGCCAGGUGGUUUCGCAACAUUCGCUUCCCCCAGCAGCAGAACCAGCGUCCAGCACCCAGAGCAUCCUGCAGAACGUGCUGUGGCGCUAAAAGCUGCAAGAUCAGCGCAAGAUGUUGUUCGAGCCGGCAGUUGAAUCGGCCGUAGCCAACCCGGAAGUUCAGCAGUUUGUCCAACACGUCUGCCCUACCAUCCAACGCAGCCGGUGGCCGGUGCUGAGCCAGACGGCCGCCGGAGCGAACCAGUUAUCCGCCAACUCAAUGUUCCGCGGCCGUGCUGUCCAACUCGCUGCAUCUCUCGCUGCCACAGGGGGCGUCACGCCGUGGCUUGAAUCACUUCGGCAAGGCUUCCGUCACCAUGGACCUCAACCAGGGUUGCGAAUGAGCGAGCGCUCACGGAAAGCGUGCUCGCUCCAGCUGGAGCGUGAGUUUUUAUCAGGUAGCUCGUGCUCGCUCACGCUCACCGGAGCGUUUUGCGCUCACGUGAGCUGGUGAGCCAAAGUAGGUAGUUGUUUUUCCCUGUUGAAGCAUCUGCCUGUUUGAAACGAAGUUUCUAGAACUAUCUCAGCACAGGCAGCAAAAACAAACAAGAAAGUGGUCAACACACACACAAACACAAACAAAAGUAAGCAAUAAAAUGGAUGUAGUCGGCGAACCCAAAUAUACGUUCUAUUUAAAUUCAGAAUUAGCCAAGGGGCAGAAUGAUUUACUCUUGAGUGUGCUAACAAAGAGCUAACUCAUUCUUAAUGUGAAAAAUCAUUGACGUGAAGAGAUGCACUGAUAUGUAUAAAAAAUUGAAUUAAUUGACAAAUGUUUAUUUUAAGUUGUUAGAAUCCGGAGUUUUGACUCAAGGUGGUUUUAAAAACACCAAAAAAAUAAAAUUUGUUUUAUUGAACCUUUAUAAAACACAGCAGUGAGCUUUAUAAAAGUUAUAAUCAUCCCUCAUAUUCGGAUCAUUUUAGAGAAUGUUCAUAUUCAAAAAAUCAUUAAUUGAAUCUGUAAUUGAAUAUUUUCAGAGGCUUGGUAGCGGAAGUGUUAGAUAUAAUUUACUUGACGGAAGAGGAACCACCGAGGGAACCACCCUUUAUGUGCUAAAACGUAACAAUGACAAUUUAUAUUAUUUCAUUCAAAUGGGUUAUUUCAAACACUAGCAAUUUGGAGGCUUUUUGUAAAAAGAUAAAUGUUUCAACAAUUUUACCCUAUUUUCUAGAAUGAGAAAGAUUAACUUAAUAAAAAUGAUCAUCCGUUUCCAAGCACUGAACGAUUUAUUAAAUGGAAUGACUUUUGUUUAAUGGUUGCUCAUUCUGAUCCGCACGCUGGAAUGGUAGCCAACAAACUGUUUAGGUACAUAAAACAGUUUAAUUUUAUAUUUUAAUCAACCAAUCAUAUAUACCUCAGCAUAAAUCUUCUUGAAUUAUUUCAUUGUUUUUUAAGUUUUUCUAAGGAUUACAGUCCUUUUUGUUCACGCGCUCAUACCCUUCCUUUGUUUCCACUGACAUGCUGCGCCUCAAGUACAAACCUAACUAAGAUUGAAAAACAAUAAAACUGUCUCAAAAAGUAAAACGAUUCGCGAUACUUCCAAAGUGAGCGCUCCAUGAGCGAAAAAUGAGCGCGAGCGCGAGCGUGGGGCAAACGCGAGCUGAAAAAAUCGGAGCAAACGUGAGCGCGGGCAAACGUGAGCUAGCUCGCGCAGCGCUCCUCCUCACGAAUGAGCGAAAAGUGAGCGCUCACGAGCGCGUGAGCGCGUGAGGAACGCAACACUGACCUCAACUGACCAGCGUUGAUUUGCUAAAGUGCUUUUUUUGCUUCAUUUUCCGAGAGUGUAAUCACUUCUCACACUCUUUUUGUUCGAUUGCCGAAGGCGCUUCACUUUUCAAUGUUCUCAUUAACUUAUUUUCCCCAAAAACAUUCAUUUUUGAUCGAUUUUACAUUUUACUAAGUUUCGUUCCUACAGUACCGUCAGUGAGGGUGACUUUGGGUCAAAAAACGAUACACCUCUCGUAAUUUCUUAAUAGCAAAAACAAUUUGAAUAGCAUCGAACAUCUUUUAUCGUAGAAUUGUUCUUAGAUGGUUUACUAACAUUUUCCCAAAAUAUGGUGUAAUUUGAUGGACUCUACCUUAAAUGGCAAUCGUUUGAAAAUUGACCCAAUCCCUCCCCUUUGAGGGGGUGACAUUGGGUCAAAUGAAACUAAAAUGAUGCUCAAAUAAAAAGAUAUAGUAAAAACAAGUCAUCCAACAGUGUUUCUUGUUCGAGGGAAUCGUAUUGACAUGCUAAAAUAUUGGAAGUAGAGAUUUUCAAACAUUUGAGUACUUUUUGAUCAAUUCCAACAAAAAAAUUAAAAAGUUGAUUUUUCGAGAGGUUAUUUUUGACCAAAAACGUACCUCAAUUUUAGACAGCUGCUAAAAUGACAGGAUUUGUUCUACGAACGAGAUUUUUUCAGAAAAGUCAGCUUAAGAUGUCCCUUGCACAACCCUUUUAACAGAAUACCUGAGAAAUGGUAAAAUCCGUAAAAAAUACUUUGACCCAAUCUUACCCCCAGACCCAAUGUCACCCCCACUGACGGUAGGUAUUUCUUUUAACGGUACGCAUCAACCAUUGCUUUUGCACCCAGAUAUUUGUUACAGAUAUUUUAGUAUCUUCAAUACUACGGGAGCUAUCAAAAUAUUUUUUUAUUCAUCCCCUAAAUUACUGUCUUCGUAGUCAUUUACAACAAAGUUUGACUAUUUGUACAAUCAGGUUCUGGCAGGAUUGGGUCCGUAAGUUUGACAAUUUAGGAAUAAGAAGACAACGACUUCCUUGGUUGCUGUGCACCCUUAAGGCCAAAAGUUUCCGUUGUUACUUAUUAAAAAAACGCAAAAAAACCCAAUUACAAAAAAAUACAAAAUAAAAUACAUAAAUUCAAAGAUACAGAACAUAAACAAACUUAAUAUAAAAUACAAAAAAACAACUAAAAAAAUAUAUAAGAAACAAGCUUUACCCGACAAACUUCGUUCUGCCUUUUUCGUUUGUUGACGUUUUAUCUUUUUUGCUUAUUCAGCCUCCUGUGAUCAAAAUUUGAUUUUACGUAACUUUUCCCAAACAAUCUGCAGAUUUUCCGGAAUCGGUUCCAGAUUGACCAAAGUGUCAAUUAGUCAGCGUAUAAACCUUCCUUGGGCUUAUACGAACCCAACGCAACAAAAGCACCUCGAUCCGACGCUCCGUAUUGAACUGAUUCGCGUUCGAACAAAACCGUCGAAAUUUUUUAUAUAUAUAGAUAGAUAAAACUAUAAUAUAUACUGAAAUACUAAAACACAAAACUACGGAAUACAAAAAUUAAAUAAAACACUAAAAUAUAAAUAAUUUGAUACAAAAAAUUUAAACUACAAAGAAUACACAAACGAAAAUACAAAAAUACAAAAAUAUAAACCUGAUUUAAUCCCACCUGGGGUGAAAUAGAGCCUUUCUUACAAAAGGAAGAUAACUGCAGUUGAUUUUCUUUUUCAAAGAAAUAGCAAAAUAAAGAAUGGUUCAUUCAUUAAUCAAUUCAAAACUCAACCUGAUUUUUUCAUAUAACUGAAAAGCCCCAUUUGUUUGCCACGGCUGGGUGUAAGCUGUGCUCACACACAAGCAUUUUCAAUUUUUUAAAUCAGAACAUAUUAUUUUUGAGGAAGAGAAUUAGCUCACAAUUUGCGAUGUUCGUAAUGUUUUCAGCCUAUCAAAAUAUUAAGAAUUAACGAGAAAACAAAAUAAUUCCGUCUUGCUCCAGAGCGUUAAAGUGGUUACAAAAUGACUGGCAGAAAGUGUUUCUACACCCGAGAAUUGGCCGUGUUGUAAACGAUGUACCGUAAUCUGGGGUGAAUCGGGACUACAGUCUGAAUAGGGACAGCAGUUUUUAGAGCACUUAAAGCUUUUAAAUUUGGAAAUGGAUGUACACAUUUUAUUGGCCUGAGUCUGUUCUAACCGAAACCAACCAGAGAAAUCAAAAUAUUGUGCUCCAACAUGGUUAAAACUGCUGUCCCAAUUCGCCCCAUGUGUCCCGAUUGACCCCAGUUUACGGUAACGGUAAAGCCGCUUAAAAGUUCUUGAAAGCUUUGAAACGCCCACUGGAAUUCACUAAACUGAUAUUUAGGCGUUAGGCAAAAUUGUGAGCUUUUAAAACAAGCCAGAAAAUUAUGUCAUUCAUUCAUUCAUUCAUUCAUUUUUUAUUUUGGUGGGCAAAAAGCCCCCUUGAGCUGUGUCAGACACAUUCUCAAGAAGGCAUAAAAACCACCUCAUCUUAACGCAUCAACAAGUCGAGCCAAACAUUUCAUUAGGGCACAAAACCAAAAAACGGGAUUCGAGAAAAUCGCUGGCAAAAAGUGGACAACUUGUUUCAAUUCCUAUUUAAAAAGAAAGCUUGACUGGUGGUAUUUUUACUGAUGAUACGAUAAAACACAUCAUUAUCCUCAACUCUGCAUUAAUGCUUCUAAAUUUAUGUUGAUUUUUGCAAUAAAAAUCAUAAUUUAAAAAAAAUCUCGUUAUUAGGCCCUUUUAGCUUUCCAACUGCUGUUCAUAAUGGGCCCUUUCUAAAUGCAAUUUCGAAGAGAAUUAAAAGGGCACUAAAGCGCUGUCACCGGAUUGUUGUUUUGAAUGAUGUUUACGGGCCCUUUUGUUUAGUAAGAAAUAAUGAGGAAUUCAGUAGAAAUUUUGAUUAUUGGUGAAGUUUUGUGAUCGAAUGGUGUAGAUAAGGUAUGUGAAACAUAAAAAUUCUUCAAAAGUGUACUGAACAGCAGCCGCGGGCCGUAUUAAAUAUUGUAUUUCGACGAAGUUUUUUUCUGCAGAAAUCCUUGGUGAAACGUAAACCAAACUUUGUUUUGAAGUGAAUUAGUGUUAAGAAUGUAUGAAAAGUUCACUUAAUAACAUAGAAAGUUCCUUAACCACGAAAAACUAACAAAAAAGAAAAGGGCACAAUUGAACUUUUUUUCUGGUUUGGAGUGAACAUUGUUAUGUGCCCUUUUGUUUUUUUGAUUUUUUCAAUAGGAAAUUGUUUGCUAUCAAUCUGAUUCUUGGAGGGCAUGUAGGGAGUGUAAUAAUGAAUGGAAUAGUGGAAUAAUCCUAAAUGUUUACGUUUUGGUUUUGUGCCCUAAUGAAAUGUUUGGCUCGAAGUUUACAAACUCCAAUGAUACAAGAUUUCUUAAACUAAUACAUAGAACACAAAUAAAACUUUCCCUAAUCCUAACCUAAACUAAGAUCACAGUUGGAUAUCACAAGUAGAAAGCUUCUGGUAGCGAUGGGUCAAGUUUUAAAAUGGUUUAGGAAAAGUUUCCGGAGUACGUUGCGAGACAAAUGGAUGUCAAAGUGCUCGUAGCAAUCGUUAAAGACUCUACACAUGCUCGACACGGCCGCGUUGCGACCGUAGUUGGUCGAUGCGCGUGGAAUUCUAAUGAAUUGGUGAGAUCUGAUCGUACGGCGUUGAAUGUAGAAGUUGACUUGCUCAAGAAUCUCAGGACAGUCAAUUGAAGACUUCAACAAAUCAGACACGAAGAUUGCUUUAGCUACGUCACGACGAACAGAUAGAAGGUCAAGACCAAGGGAAUUGCAGCGAUCUGCGUAGCUAGGUGGAUUUAGUGGGUCCACUAGGGGGAUGUGGCGAAGCGCAUACCUAGUGAACUUCCGUUGAACCUUUUCAAUUCGCUCGAUACCGUUUUGGUAGAACGGAGCCCAGACCACCGAACAAUAUUCUAGUGUCGAGCGAACCAGUGAGCAAUAAAGUGCCUUCAAACACGAAACUUGACGAAAAUGUUUAGCCACACGAAAUCAACCAUAAGUUCUCACCAACACUUGAAGCACCUUGAUUUUGACAGUGCAAGCGGAUUGUUGUUGUUUUCAUUUAUCAGCUGAUUGAAAUAUUUAUUAUUAAGCACAAUUGAAUAAUAAAACAAUUUUAUAAUCAUAGACCGUUCGAGGGGCGGGUUGGGAGAUGUUUCGUCUAGGCUAGAUUUUCUGCCGCGAUAUUUGUGGACCUGAUUUGGACCUCAACCUUGACCUCAACACAUUAUCGUGCUCGUUUGCCUUAGAUGUCAGGGAACGUUGACUGGCUUCAACAUCCGUCUCCAAAUUGACCGUGUCUGGUGUAACAUCUUCGGUAGGGACUCUUGACACAUUAGCUGGCCACUUUUGUUUGGCUAUAGCUAGCCGCCGUGCCCGACCAGGCUCGAUUGACGGAAUUUCCACCGUCAGACAGGCACUUGCGUUGGCAUGAAAACACUUCAGAAAAUGUCACCCUCCUUCUCCUUCUACUACUGUUGCGCUCAUGAGGCUGUUCCUUUGGCACAUUAUAGCCGUUCGAGGUACGGUUGGCAGAAAUUCCGUCAUGCCGUUCUGGACAGAACCAGCUACAACGGAAUCCAUCUUCCGGUAAUCGCAUGUACUCCGGAGAUGGCAAAGUUACAGCUUCCAGUUGGCGAGUUUGAACGAUAUGUGAGUAUUUCCUGUUAGAUACUUGGAACAGAGUUCAAAGUUGGCCACAUCCCGUUCUCGACGUGAAGAGCCUGGGUGGAAAUCGGAUGGGAACCUGGCUUGUGAGACAAGCCGCUUGCAAGCGGCAACGGUCGACCGACGACGGUCAACGGUAAACAAAAACAACAAGAAAAAUGUGACUUUUCUUUACGUCAGUUAUGACAUUUCUAUUAAAGGUGUAUAUAUUCAGGGUGGGAAAGUAUCACAGACAACAGACGUUUUGUCUCAAUUCUUCCCUUGUGUAAAUCAUUGCUACAGUUUUUUUAGUUGUGGCAAUCCGUUUGUGGCGCUGCAGUCGCUUUGCCCUGACACAUUGCCGCUGUCAAAAAAUUCGCUUUCCGCCUACUGUCAUUUUCUUUCCGCCAUAAUAUUUGUUGGUUUUCAACGUUUGUAAUCGUUUGUUCUGGAUGAAAAAUUGAUUUCAGCCGAUUUCAGCAAAUUCUCUCGCGCUUGCAGCUGCUUGACAAAUGUGAGGCAACCAAAGUGGACAACCUGGUUCCCCAAGUAACCGCGAGGCACUAAAUAGCGGCAUUAAAUCAGCAUUAUAUUGGCAUUUAAUACCAGCAAAUAAUGCUUCAAAACAUUAAAUCAGCACUUUUCCCUUGAGAAAUAUUUCAAGUGGCGCACAGUGAUGCCGAUUUAAUGCCUUCACCGAAAGCUCGAACAAAAAAAACUGCUUUAUCGACGUCAAGGCUGGGGGAAAAAAAGGACAGCUAGCUGCUCCACACACUUGGUGGUGGGCCUCCUUUGUUUUUUUUUCUCCUGUUGCGUUUCAUGUGUGAGUGUGACACUUUGAUGUUAUUCUUGCAUUUUUCUCGUCGAUCUCCAGGAUGCGCGCCAGCCAACUGAUGUAUUCUGAAAUGAGUGUUUGUUUUGAAAGUUUUAAUCGAUGUGGUUGAUGCAUCGAACAUUAAGGAAGACUUUUUUUCUGCUGUUUCGAGUUUCUGGUUCAUGAGAAAAACUCGUUGUCAUUUUGUUGGACGAAAAUUAUUGACGAGUCACUUAGCAAAUUGCGGCCAUCCAGUCAAGUACAGUACAAUCAAUUACGGAAGGCUUUGGGUUAAUAGGGACAAGUAAUGGCUAACGGCUAACCUAAACUGUUUUUCCGAGGAGUGCUUGGUCCACAGUUUUCCACAAAAAAAUAAACAAAAAAAACAUUUCAGUCAGCGGGAAUUGAACCCAGUUCACGCAAAAAUAAAACUGUUGCACUCUGGGGGAAAUGCGCCUUAGCCCGCACGCUUAUUAGAACGGCAUGACGGGAGAAGGAUUAAAGUCAAUAAGAGCGUGCCUGGCUGAAAUGUUUCCCGUAUCGAUAAGUUACUUUGUUGAUAAACAUCAAAUGCUUUGAAGCACAUUUUCAAGGUCGUAAAUGGUGAUUUAAUGCCAGUUGUAAUGCUGCAAAGUUUUGGUACUUUGAGGCAUUCGCAAAGCUUAUUUACUACUUCAAAGCAUUCGAGUGCUGAUUUAGUACUGAAUAAAUACUUCAAUUUAGUGCUUGUGGUUACUUGGGUCCUGAACCGGGGGGUUGGAGGAUCGCUUGAAGUGGAUAGCCGGUGGGGGAAACUGACGCGCCGGGGGGAACAUUCGAGAUUUAGGCCUUUGGUAUGGCGACGAGGGUUCGCCGGAAGUGGCGGCAUUUGAAGGUGGUGUGGGUUUCGAGGGCGUUGAAGAGGUUGGUGACUUCGAUGUGAGGGUUGAAGUGAUCGUGGUAGCUGGUUUGUCGGUUCCGGAGAUAAUCUUCGGAAUGCGGUCGUUCGGGGCCUAAACGUUUACGGGGUUGGCCAUGAUAGUAGCUCUUGCUGACGGCGCCGAUGACUUCCAGACUUUAUCGUGUCAUACUUUGCUGUUUCUCAUUUUUCGACAGAUCCGGAUUGUUUCGUUUCUGGUUCCGGAUCUUUUCUCUUCCAAGAAACGCUUGACCAUCCUCCCGAUUUCCACCGGGUCUCCUCAUCAUUUUCGCUCUCCUCUGUUGGUUUUGUUUAUAAACACAACCAGCAAGAAUUUGACAGCCUCAAGCGCGGCCCUGGUUGCUGUGUUUUAAAAAGCAUCAGGCUAGAAUAUUUUUUUAAAUAUCGAUAAUGUAAUGGAAAAAAUACUUCUAUGUGCUCGUGAAUCGCGUUAAUUAAAAACUAAAGUAGAUUUACUAAACGUAAUCUUCACUUUUUUUUUUCAAUUUUUUUCGAAAAAUUUAAAAAAUAUUUUUUUAUAUUUCUGGUUGAUGCAUUUUCAAACACACCUUCUCAGAAAACCAUCAUGGCUGCUUUAGAGAGUGGCAAUAGGCUAACAGAUGGCGCUACACACAAAAAAAAUAUUACGGCAAUGACAAAAGUAACGUACUUUCGAAUUAAAAAGUUGUUAAAAUUUGCUACAUUAAAAGUUUUUUUCUUGUUUUGAAAAUGAAAACUUUGACUGCUACAGUUUUUGAAAAUCUCAUUGCUCACUGAUUUAAAAGUUUUUCUUUUUAAUUCGACUGUAAAAUUUAUUUCAUUUUGACGUUCUCGUGUAAAGCGGUAAACGCACUUCGGAAGGAACCGGUCAAGAAAAAAAUCAAAUGGGCAGAAGCGGCAGCUAAAGCAAGCCAGAGAGGGUGAAGAAAAGCCCCAAGAAAUCGCUCCCUCUCCUUUGUUCUGCUGUUCGUAAAGCUGUUUCUUGACCCCUUUACUUCCGAUCAGCGUACUAGCCUUAACCGUGUACGCCUAAGUCGCAAAUGUAAACAAACACUUUGGUGGGUCCGGUGGUGCUGGUGAGUCUAGGACGCAAAGUAAAGCCGACCGCGGCAGCAGCCAGGACUCGGACGCGGAAACCUUCGUGAGCCAAACAGCGGAACGCAUUCGAAGGAGGGUGGUGCGUGUGCGGGACGAGGUGAAGUGUUCAAAAAGGACAAGGCGAGCUUCCUGCAGGAACUGCAGCUGUUCCACGACCGGAAUGGGUAAGAAGAAAGCUUGGGUGUUUUGUGGGGCUUGUGAUUGAUUUUGUAUGUUUUUUUAGGACGGGAGGUAGGAAUGUGGAUUCGCACCGGUUGUAUUCGGUGGUGGUGGCCCGGGAUUGGUGAUUGAAGGUCAAUUCCCGCGAGGACUGUGACGAGAUCAUCGAGGAGAUGGCGCUGCCGAAGAGUUGCGUGAACAACGAGAUUGCGUUGAAGAAGAUAAACAUCCGGUUUUGGACAAGUACGAGACAGGUGAUUUUCACGGUGAGGAGAAGGAGCCGACGAAGAGGAGGACGACGAGAAGCGGGAUAAUCGGAGGUAGCCAGAGCGGAUGUUGCACUCGGUGCCGGCGGUUUACAACACCUGUGAGUAAUGAGAAUGUGUACAGUGGCUUGCCAACUUCACUUACUUCCAUCUCUUUUAGCAAAUAACCGCCCACAAAUGCUCAUCUCGCAACGGCGCAGCUCCAGCCGAAUGAACCCUGGAAAGCGUGCCGAAAAAAUCUGUGUCUUUCUCGAAGGAGGAUGAAGUGCUUGAAAUCGAAUUCCGUUCCGAGGGCCUCAUCAACCCAAUGUUCCGGAUGCGCUUCCAGAAUCGGGAACUCCCCGUUCAGGCACUUCACUUACCAGCCAGGAAACAUCGAUCACCCUUGCCGAAUCUACAGCCAAUUUCUCCAAACCUGUCCUGAUGAAGGCCGGCAACGUGACCAUCCUGUUCUCUACUUUGCUGUCGCGCGUCGAAACGUCCGUCUGGAACCGUCCAGCUUGGGGUCUUCGGAAGUGACCGGUGGCGUACCCUAAGAAUCGGUACAGCUUGGACUCGGAUCUUGGCCAGAAGCGUUAAAUACAAUAACAAAAUGUCUUAUUUAACAUACUGUUUAAAACUUUUAAGAAUAAAUAUAAACCAAGCCUAGAAUCAAGCACAUUUUUCUGAAAUUAACACUGUAAUAUUAAAUGUUGUUUAUUCUUGCUAUUAAAGGUUUCUUUUCUUGUUGCGUUACGUAGUUUGUGAACGACUAGAGUUAAGUCUUUUGUUGACGUUCCCUCCGAACGUCAUUCAUUGAAGCGCGCGUUCUCGCUCUUUCUCGACGAUUCAUUCAUUCCGUUUCCGAGUGCGCAGCAAUAAAGACGUUGUUGAAUAAACGCUGUUUUGUGAAGUUAAGCAGAAGUAUUUUAUUUGACACAGAAAUAAAACAUGGUGUCAGAAGCACUCGUGGUGUUCCGGCGUCAUUGAAAAUCGCGGAAGUGUAGUGAGAAAAACUCAUCCCAAGCGACGAAAAGAUCAUUUGCAACAGUAAUUUUGGACAGUUUUGCAGUGAAACGUGUUUUAUCCUGUUGGCAGCCAUAUUUUUUUCGCUCUCGCGUUGGGUUGAGUGUUUUCCGGAAGUGAAAAGUGCAGAAAAAUGGAUGCAGAUCAGUUCGCCCAGUUUAUGGGCAAGUUCCAAGAGAUGAUCGGUUCUCUGAAGGAUCAGCAGGCGAGCGCGCCGGCAGCAGCAGCGGCACGUGGGCCUGCGGCGAAUUCGCCGGCAGGAAAUUCGGCGGCGGCGUCCAUUCCUCUUCCGCCCCCGCUGGAGUUGGAGGGCGAUAUGGAGGAGAAUUACAACUUCUUCGAAGGAAACUGGAAGACCUAUGCUAGUGCGAUUGGCAUGGACGGUUGGCCCGAUGCGCAGAACAAGCAAAAAGCCAGCAUUUUGCUUUCGGUGGUGGGAAAAGACGCUCUGAAAAAAUAUUUUAACUUUGAGCUGACCGCGGCCGAGCGAGACGAUCCAGCAUUAGUGUUGACGGCAAUCAAAGCAAAAGUGGUUCGUGAACGGAACAAGUUUGUGGACUGGUUCGAUUUUUUCUCGCUCAGUCAAGAACCAACGGAGAGCAUUGACAACUACCUGUGUCGACUCAAAUCGCUCGCAAAAGUGUGCAAGUUCAAUGCGUUGGAGGAUGAAAUGGUGAAGUACAAGUUGGCCACCUCGAUCCGUUGGAUGAAGCUCAGGUCGAAGUUGAUCACCACCAAGAACUUGACGGAAGCAAAUGCUAUGGACUUGUGUCGGGCCGAAGAGAUCGCUGAGCGGCAUCCGGUUACUGCGGGUCAGCCGAGCGCGGAAGUGAAUGUAGUGAAGAAGAGCAAAAUGAAGUGCAAGUUCUGCGGUGCCAAGCAUGACUUCACCAAGGGUGCGUGCCCGGCGCUUGGCAAGAAGUGCAACCGGUGCGGUGGAAAGAACCACUUUGAGAAAGUGUGCAAGGCUGACCGAAGAAAGAAGCUGAAGAAGAAGAAGUUCCGAGUGAAGAAAGUGCAAGAAGAAACCAGCUCGGAGAGUGAAUCGACGGAAGACAGUGGUGAUGAAGAAGAGGAGUCUACUGAGAGUGAAAGUGUGUCCAUCGGAAAAAUCGUCGACAAGUCCGGCAGCGGCGGAAAUGUCUCGGCGGAACUGGAGCUGCUCCUGGACCAAAAGUGGCGGCUGGUACAGUGUGAGCUAGACACCGGCGCCAAUACCAGCCUUGUGGGACGAAAUUGGUUGAAAGAGAUGACCGGAAGUAGCAACGUCAACCUACAACCGUCAUCGUACCGGCUGCAAGGAUUCGGCGGAAGCAGCAUUCCGGUGGUAGGCCAGGUGAAAAUUCCAUGUCGCAGAAAAGGCCGUAAGUACAACCUUGUUUUACAAGUCGUUGAUGUCCCACACGGCCCGCUCCUCUCGGCAAACGUGUGCCGUCUCCUGGGUUUCGUUAAAUUCUGCAACACGGUCAACUUUGUUGCGCCUAAAACCGACCAAGAACUCCUGAACAUCUACCGUGUGAAAGCCCAGGACAUUGUCCAUCAGCAUGAGGGCGUCUUCCAAGGUAUUGGUAAGUUUGCUGGUGCUGUGUCGUUGGAAGUCCGCCCAGAUGUACCACCGUGCAUCCAACCUCCGCGACGGAUUCCGAUAGCGAUGAGAGGUAAGCUGAAGGACGAGUUGAAAAACUUGGAGCGGGAAGGCCUGAUCGUGAAGGAGACUCAGCACACCGACUGGGUCAGCAACAUCGUGCUGGUGAAGAGGAAGGAGCAGAAAUCCGAAUCCAUUAGCAUCUGCCUCGACCCGAUUCCGUUGAACAAAGCGCUGAAACGACCCCAUCUUCAAUUUACCACAAUUGAUGAAAUCCUGCCAGAGCUGGGGAAGGCGAAAGUUUUUUCAACGGCAGAUGCUCGGAAAGGGUACUGGCACGUGGUAUUGGACGACGAAAGCAGCCGGUUGACGACAUUCUGGACACCGUUUGGUCGCUACCGGUGGAUCCGCUUACCCUUCGGAAUCGCUCCAGCCCCAGACAUCUUCCAGAUGAAGCUCCAAGGUGCGAUUCAAGGACUGCGUGGCGUCGAAUGUAUCGCCGAUGAUUUGCUGAUCUACGGAACUGGUGACACGUUGCUGGAAGCGCUGGAGGACCACAAUCGCUGCUUGGAGAGUUUGUUGGUUCGUCUCGAGGAAUGCAACGUGAAACUCAACCUGGAGAAGCUGAAGCUGGUCGAGAAGUCGGUGAAAUUCUAUGGACACGUGCUUACCGACAAAGGAAUACAACCAGACGAGAGCAAAAUCGCGGCAAUCAAGAACUUCCCACAACCCACGGACCGAAAGCAACUGCAAAGAUUCAUCGGAAUGGUGAACUACCUCAGUCGUUUCAUACCCAAUCUAAGCGCAAAUUUUACUGUUCUACGACGACUGAUUUUGGAAAAGGAGCCUUGGAUCUGGUCGGAGCGUGAGGAAGAGGAGUUCAAGCGUGUCAAGCAGUUGGUUGCGGACACGCGCACCCUGCAGUACUACAACGUGAACGAGCCGAUCGUAGUCGAGUGUGACGCUAGCUCUUUCGGUUUGGGCGCAGCAAUCUUCCAGAGUCGAUGAGUCAUCGGA